AUGCUCCGGUUUACAGGAAGCUCCCGGGAUGCGCUGAAGCUCAUUCUGCUAUACGCGGCGGUUGACGCGGUGGUAGGAUCAGCCGCUGCCGCCGCCAUAAUCGCCUUGGCUUCACAUAUAGAGUGUAAGCCCGCGAGUUCUUCCAUGUAUAGUAUGGGAAUUGUAGCAGCUGUAUCAAGGGCAGUACUCUUGGGUUUUUCGGCGAUGCCGCUGCUGAACCUCCCACGCGCCUACUUGUACGCCUUUGUCCAUAUCGCUACCAAGUUUGUGUUUGCAACCGCGUCCACGGCUAUUAUUUGUAGCAUUACGAUAGGUACAGUAUCGUCAAAAAUAGUAGGCGCAGCUGCUCUGGCGACGGUACCAUGGCUCGCAGAGGACCACACCGUUUACAUGUACGCCCGAACCCACCAAACUGGAGGAUUUAUAGAGUACAGCUUUCAGCGGCCACUAUCACUAUGUCCUGGCUUCGAGAUACUUUGGAUGGCCGCCUGGGAUGCUUUGACAGGCUACGUGUUUGGCCAAGCAGCAAAAAGCUUUGGCGUUGGAUUCUCUUCUCUUGGUACUGUUGCCGCCGCAGGGGCUACAUUUGGCGCCAUCAUGGGCAUCCCAGCGUCCAUCUUUACGUUUAUCAUCAAUGUUGUCAACAACGAAAGAGAGCAUCACGGAUUCUUGGUAGAGCAGUGUUAUUCAUAUGAUACAGGCGGCGAAUUACCGAAACCAAGUAUAUCUGCUGGAACACCGCAUGAGACACCAGAAAAGCCAGCGGUCCAUGCUUGCACACAACAUACUCAAACAGCAGAGCAUCCAGUAUAACGCGUUUAACUUCGUUUUUUCGUCUCUACUGAGCCCUUAUUCUUUUGCAGAGUACCAGCAAAGAGGAACAGUGUCGCCAGCGUCAUUGAGAUACUGGGCAUCAGGAAAAAGUACAUCCAGCUCAGCAGGGUAGCUAGCGCUGUGGCUGCAACAAGAGCCCAGGCCAGCGGCGCGACAUGCGGCCAGACAUCAAUAGGUAACGCGUCAAUAUACCAUGUCAUGAAGGAACUCAGGCCAAGAAGCAAGGAGACGUUGAGACCAAACCCCAUGUGGAAGCCGUACCACGUGCAUUGGGAACCAAAGAAGUUGAACUUGAUGACCUUCAUAGACGCAAACACGGCGUUGCCAGCUGGGCCAACGUCUGUUUCGGAAAACAUGCCGCCGAUGGUGUGUCCGACGAGAACAAAGGCCAUGGCGGCUGCGGCUGCACGAUAGAGCGUAAAUGUUGUCAUGAGUGAUUUGAGCGUUGGUGAUGUGGAAACGCGGCGUUGUUGCGAGACAUACGAGGUUUACUUGUCUCGGGUAGCUUGCAACAGGAUGCGCGUAGAUACAGCAAACAAGGCACGUGCCGCGUAUCUACAGGGACUUAAUAGUAAUAAAACGCUGAAAAAAAAAUUAUUUAAAAAUUGAAUUGC